AUGGGUGGGUGUCCUCAGGAACUGCAGAAGGUGCUGCAGCAGCGCGGCUUCCGGCUGGGCCGCACCAUCGGCGGCGGGUCGUACAGCAAGGUGCGCACCGCGUGGUUCCGCAGGCCCAGGGGCAGACCCCUGCGGUGCGCCUGCAAGCAGCUCGACUGUCGCCAGGCGCCAAAGGACUUCGUAGCUCGCUUCCUCCCUAGAGAACUGGAAGUACUGCGCGCUGUGACGCAUCCGCACAUAGUGCAGAUCUUCGACGUAGUAGGUUUCGGCUCGCAGAUCUUCAUCUUCAUGGAACUGUGUGAGAAGGGGGACUUGCUGGAGCACAUUCGUGCUCGUCGCGGUCCUCUGUCGGAGCAAAAGGCGCGCCUCUACUUCAGGUAA